UUGACGCACAUGUGGCCAUCUGAUCUCAGUGCUGCGCGAGACUUGAAGAAAAGCAGCGGAACUUUGUGAGACUGUUGUUUGUAAUAAAAAGGAAAUUUGUCUCGUAUACUAAAAUAAAAUGAAACCAGGUUUCAGCCCAAGAGGUGGUGGAGGAAGAGGAGGAUUUGGUGGUGGUGGAGGAUUUGGUGGUGGCGGAGGAGGAGGAGGAGGAGGAUUUGGUGGUGGACGAGGAGGAUUCGGUGGAGGACGAGGAGGAUUUGGUGGACGUGGAGGAGGAGACAGAGGUGGAAGAGGAGGAUUUAGAGGCGGUAGAGGUGGCGGUGGAGGAUUCAGAUCCCCUGGUGGUGACGGUGGCUUCCGCGGCCGAGGUGGUGGACGUGGCACACCGAGGGGUCGGGGAGGAAGAGGUGGCGGAGGCGGCUUCAGAGGAGGCAGAAAAGUAACCGUAGAGCCCCACAGACAUGAAGGUGUGUUCAUCUGCCGUGGUAAGGAGGAUGCUCUGGUUACCAAAAACAUGGUGAUCGGAGACUCUGUGUAUGGAGAGAAAAGAAUUAGUGUCGAGGAAGGAGAAACAAAGAUUGAGUACAGAGCAUGGAAUCCUUUCCGGUCGAAGCUGGCUGCUGCCAUUUUAGGAGGUGUAGACCAGAUCCACAUUAAACCAGGAGCAAAAGUCAUGUACCUAGGAGCGGCAUCAGGGACUACUGUAUCCCACGUUUCUGACAUUGUUGGACCAGAAGGGUUGGUGUACGCUGUAGAGUUCUCCCACAGAUCAGGCAGAGAUUUGCUAAAUGUGGCCAAAAAGAGAACAAAUAUUAUUCCCAUCAUUGAAGAUGCACGUCACCCACACAAGUACCGCAUGCUUGUCGGUAUGGUGGAUGUCAUCUUUGCUGAUGUUGCUCAACCUGACCAAACAAGAAUCGUUGCCCUUAAUGCACACAACUUUCUGAAGAAUGGAGGCCAUUUUGUCAUUUCAAUCAAAGCAAACUGCAUCGACUCCACAGCUGCCCCAGAGGCAGUGUUUGCUUCAGAGGUUAAAAAGAUGGCCUCUGAAAACAUGAAGCCACAGGAGCAGUUGACACUUGAGCCAUACGAGAGAGAUCAUGCGGUUGUUGUAGGGAUUUACAGACCACCACCCAAACAGAAGAAAUGAGGGGUCCUGGUGAAAUCCUCCAUUAUUAUUUGUGUCCUUCAUUGCUCCUGAUAGUGUUUCUGCCACUAGAUGGCCCCACGUUUGCAGAUGCAACAACACAGACUCUUAUGUAAAAUAACCAUUCAACUGUUUCUGCUGGGAAACCCAUCUGCUGUAUUUGAUCCAUACAGAAGACAUUAUGAAGAGCAACCAGUUUAUUUUUUGUUUGUGAUAAUCCUCUAUCAAAAUAUAUAUACUGUCCUGAGGGGGGAUGAUGUUUUUGGCUUGUAACAACUGAAUACUAGAUGCUAACCCUAAAAAAAUUGUAAACAUUGAGCAACUCAAAAUUAUAAGAAGCCUUAAAAACUGUUUACUGAAAACUGUAGAUAUUCAGUGAAAUUUUGUAAAAGUUAAUAAAUAAUCGUUAUGAUUUGUGGCUUCCCCAAAUUGUUAAUCUGACAAAAGGUUUUUGUAAGAAUAUUCCUUGUCAAACAAAAAUGUAAUUACGUUUAUUGUUGCUGUUUUGUUUGAAUAUUUUUAGUAAAAUUUUUUAAAUGAAAAUUUUUUUGUGGAGCAUUUACAAACAUCAUAUAAUUAAAUAUGUUUCCCAUGCUUUUCAAGACCCUUUGAAAACGGGUUACAAAAUAAUAGAUUAGUUUGGGAAUGGCAUGAUUUGUUUUCAGUUAUAUUUUAAGGCAGUGUUUCCCAACCAGUGGGCUGUGGCCUGCAUAGAGAUGAUUUAUAAUUUUAAGUAAUUGGACAAAAUAACCAUUAAAAGAAGCAAAGGUCUAGAUGUUUCUUACAUUUCUGCCAUUUAGUAGCAAAUAUGCACUAGUCAACAUUUGAAGUGGAUCAAAAAUCUUAAUAAAAAUUUUCCUAAGACAAGAACGAAUAUUGGUAUUAGGCCCACUUUUAUGAAAGGUUUUGAUCCACUUCAAAUGUUGACUAGUAUCGGUCUCAUCAUUCCAAGCUCUAGUUAAUUUUAUUUGGAAAAAGAGUGGGGUGCUUUAAAUAUUGUUGUGGACAACUAGGGGGGCCUUGAAGUGAAAAAGCUUGGGAGCCACUGUUUUAAUGAAGUUUAAAUGAUUUUGGAUUUGUAAUAAUACAAUUUAAUCCGUUGUUUUAUUAAUACAAUAUUUUUAAGGUAAUUUGUGCAGCGUGGAAAAUAAAAUUGUGGUUAGUGAAAUAUUGAAUGA